UUGACACCGACACAUUCAGCCGUGGUCUGUCAUAUUCUCGCCAGAGCGAUAGAGAUACUUCAUUGAACCGCGAAGCAGAAAGAAAGGGGUGUGAAGAUACGACGAGAAAGAGAUACUGGUUAGAAAAGUCCCCGAACUUUUCUCAUUCUAGUCGCGAAGCGAAAGCAGCCUACUAUUUUGUCUCGAAUUAGGCUACUCGUGGUUGGUGUUGUCAGUAAAAGGGAUAUCUUUUUGGAUAACGGAACAAGUCUACUUCUUCAUGUGUUAUUACUGGAGCUGAUAGAAAAGGAAGUUUUGAGCAGGUAUGAAAGAGAUUCCUAUGCAGAGUAUGGACUCGCCCAGGAGCCAAUGGGAGCCCGGCAGGAAGCCUCCAUGGAUCGCCCGAUUGGCUGUAGGUAGGAGCCCAGCCUCCUCAGGGGCGGAGUCGGACACGGAGGGCAGCAGCACAGAGAGUGAAAGGUCCCGCACAAGACGAUCUGACUCGGGUUCCAUGAAGGUCGUGACCUCUCCCUCUAUGUUGCAGCAGCGAAUCAGAGAGAUAGACCAGCAGAGGGAGGAGCUUAAGAUAGAGCUGCAGCUGGAGAUUGCGCUGCUGCAGGGGGAGCUGCAGGAGGAGCGGGAGCAUCUGCGCAGGCACACGCAGCAGCUACAGCCCCUGCAGGAGCACAGCAGGCAGAGGAGCACGCAGAGACAGACCUCCAGACAGAAGGAGCGUGUGCGUCUGGAGGAGGAGCGGGAGCGCGUGGAGGAGCUGAGGAGGAGGUGCAAGGACCAGGAGAAGCUGAUUCCCUCACAGCCUGAAAGCCAGAGAGAACAGCUGUUACUCCAGCUGCAACAGGAGAAGGAGGCCGUGGAGGUGGCCGCGCGGGCCUUUGAGGACUGGGAGUUCCAUGUCCUGGAGCAGGAGAGUGGGAUCGACUGUGAGCUAACGGAGAGAGAGCAAGAGAGCGAGAGCGAAGGAGAGGUGGAGAGGGAUGUGUCCAGGCAGCAGCACGCUGUCAACGCUGCACAGGAACGGGUCCAACAACUGGAGAAGCAGCUGAAAGAGAUGGAGAGAGAGAAGGACAAACAAAUGAAUGCACUACGGCAGGAGAGAAGAGAGCUUCUGUAUGCAUCCCACAAGAUUUUGAAAGAGAAGAAGGCGCUCUCUGAUUGGGCCAACAUCACCAGCUCCACCCCCUGCAUGAUGUCGAUGUCCCCACUGACCAUUCACAAAACGGCACAGGAGACCAGCAAGGAGACAGCCAGUCUGCCCCGCAGGCGUCCACCUCACCGGGGCAAAAACUCGGACAGACCCCUCUCAGCUCAGGUUAUCGGGAGGAUGCAUGGCGACGGCCUCACCCCGGAGAUGCUGACCCCACCGCGGCCGCUCUCCUCCACCUCCCAUCGCCACAGCAACGGUCACGCCACCAACGGCCACCGGCACGCCCACAGCCACACCAACGGCUUCCUAACGCCCUGCAACAGCGCCAGCAGCUCGCGGGCCCCCAGUCCCAGUUUAGGUCUGCUUGACCUUGUUGAGAUUGAAAGGAAACUACGCGAGGCAAAAGCCGAGAGGGAGCGUUUACUAAGGGAAAGGGAGGAAUGGCGAAGGCAGACUGUAGAGGAGAGGCCUCGGAAGGAUGUGGAGUCCCUGAGCACGGAGGGAGAUCAGCCCAAGUGCGAGGUCAUGGCAGAGGCAGACACAGAGGAGCUCCCACUCAGCGCCGCACUCCCAAACUCCCCAGAGCAAGGAGUUCCUCUAUCCUUUUCGCCGAACUUUGACCUCCAUGCCCAUGUUGAGUCUUUGGGCCACGGCAUAGCCAACUGUUUGGGUGUCCGGCUGUUGCCACGGCGUUGCGGAGGCUUCUUGACCAAGCGUGGUGGGCGGGUGAAAACCUGGAGGAGGAGGUGGUUCCUCUUUGACCUGGACCAUCGAAGAUUAGCCUACUACACUGACCAAGAUGAGAAGAAGCUGAAGGGUGUUAUCUAUUUCCAGGCCAUAGAGGAAGUGUAUUAUGACCACCUACGCACAGCCACCUCAUCUCCGCGACCAAGUCUGACGUUUUGUGUGAAAACCUAUGAGCGACUCUUCUACCUGGUCGCUCCCAGUCCCGAGGCCAUGCGGAUCUGGAUGGACGUCAUAGUCACAGCGACAGACGAGCACUGCAGAUACUGACAGGAACUCCCAACCACGGACAAGUAAAGGGGGAACCGUCCAACCCUCUGAACCUCCGCUAAAGCCACCCACGGUUUGGACCUUGUCGGCCUACCAAGCAGCUAUCAGGGACCAGCGGCCUCUCUGAAGGACAGAGCGAAGUCAGAGGCCGUCUCAAGACCUACCAGCGUCAGUCUGUGUUUCUGCAUUUAACAUGUCUACACAUGCAGGUCUCCAUGGGGCCCGACACAGCUUCUUCUCCCUCCAUUUUAAGUCUGAGAGGACAGAGUGCUGCCUGCCGCCAUGCCCACCCCCACACCCUUCACUUCUCUGGAAAGUCCCAUUGGCAUUCCACAGGGUCUUGGCAUAAAGACGUCACAAAAAUGCAGAGACCUUCGGGACUGAGGCUCCAAUUUAGGCACAGGGUGAGGGAGCGUAGAGGAGUCUGGUGCCCGCUGAGAGGCCUCAGGCUGGCAUUUCUGUCUGUGGCAACAUAAUGCAAGGGCUGCAUUGAGGGAGAAUGACCUCAUCAUCGACGAGGAAGAAUGUUAUGAGGAGACAUGUUACAGAGUGCUGGAUGGAACGAAAACUCACACAGGAAGCUUCCAGCUACUUUGCUGAUGACAUGAACUGUCUGUGGUGUGGUCAGCCUGUCAAACGAGCCCCGCGAUCAUCAUAAUGAAUGUGGGGAUUCAGCUCCCUCUAGUGGUGCUGCCAAACUUGAUUUUUUUCCCUUUAAACUACGAAACACUACAGGGGGGAUUCCAAAUACGUGGUUUAGUGACGAACCUGGAUAAGUUCACUCAGAGAAAAUGGUAAACCUCCUACAGCAGAGCCCUAUGACAUUGUUUUGUACAUUGUAUGGAGAAUGAGUCCAUACAGCUCUUCUAUUAGGAGGUUUACCACUUAACUUAACUUACACAGGUUUGUCACUAAGCCACAUACAUGUACUUGGAAUACCUCCCAGUGCAUCUCCACUGACAAGAUCAAGGUCUGUUCGGUCUCUACAGUGUCUGUACAGUUAUACGUUUUAUUAUUUUAUUUUGUAUUAUUAUUAUUAUUAUUAUUAUUAUUAUUAUUAUUAUGUUGUUGUUGCCGAUGAUUAUGUUGUUGAUAGGCAUAGUUAUUGUUGGUGUUUUUAAGUGUAAUAAAAACUUGUGAAAACAAUGUAA